CUUUACAUUGGAAAUCAGAAGACAGGGUCACGAAAGCUUUCGUUGAGUAAGGAGAUCUUGAGAUACUAUAGGCCGGCUGGGUGGCGAGUUUAUGGUACAACACGACAAAGUUGCUGGUUACAGAAUGUGCCAAAUAUGCUUAGGCGAGGAGAAGAGAACAUACCUAGCAAGAGACGGAUAGCUGGAACGGAAUUUCAUCAAAGUAUGUACAAGAAAAAGGAGAACGAUAGCAUAGGUUCGAGUCGAGAUAAGUCGUACUGGUUUACAGAUGGUCAGCCAUAUGCAAAUGUUGGUUUCAGAAUCGAUAAGUUCAGAUACGAUAUCAACGGGACCGUUGUUGUAGAUGAUGACGAUGACGGAGAGUUUACGAGUGUCAUUAAUGUUGUAAAACAGCGUUGGGGCAUGCUGUGCAUGCGUGAUGAUGUGGGUGUGAUAUUCGAUUGGGAGAAAGGUAGGACCCUUGAAGACGAUGGGUUG